GUGCAAAGAGAAGAGGGGCGGGGUUUGGAAUUUGGAUGGACGUGCAGUGAUUGGUUUGCAACUGUAGCAGCCUCGGACCAAUAGAAGACGGGCACGGUAUCAUAAAGCUGGUUGUCAGGCCAAAACAUCAUUAUUUUCUGCUUUAGGCACUCGUAACAGUUACAACAAACCAACAAUGAGCGGAAGAGGCAAAACCGGUGGUAAGGCCAGAGCCAAGGCUAAGACCCGUUCUUCCAGGGCAGGACUUCAGUUCCCCGUCGGUCGUGUUCACAGACUCCUCCGCAAGGGGAACUACGCCGAGCGCGUCGGUGCCGGUGCUCCGGUAUAUCUGGCCGCUGUACUCGAGUACCUGACAGCUGAGAUCCUGGAGCUGGCUGGAAACGCCGCUCGGGACAACAAGAAGACCCGUAUCAUCCCCCGUCACCUGCAGCUGGCGGUGCGUAACGACGAGGAGCUCAACAAACUCCUGGGCGGAGUGACCAUCGCUCAGGGCGGCGUGCUGCCCAACAUCCAGGCCGUGCUGCUGCCCAAGAAGACCGAGAAGCCCGCCAAGACCAAAUAAACAGAUCAAUACACCACUCAGAAAGGCUCUUUUCAGA